GUUUUCAGCGGGCCGCGCGUUCAGUCAGAUGUCAUCUCUUGCGGCGUCGGUUCGGUUUCGGUUCUCGCUUGUGUUUCGAUCGUUGAUGUGUUGAAGCUUCUGCCAACCAUAGUGAAGUGUGUGGGUUAAGCUGCGUUAUGUUGGGAAGUAGUAGCGAGCAAAGUGAUUAACAGUUUCAAGGCCUUCCCCGUGAUCAGAUUGUGAACGUUCGCGUAGGAAUAAGCAACGAAUAAGUGUAUCGACUAAAACGAGAAUAAAUUAAACAACAACAAGUGACGAAAGUGCACAGCAAAAUGAUCCUCCAUUCGCUGUUGGCCGUCUUUUGUGGUUUUGUGCUGGAGCACGCGUCUGCAGGAAGUGUCCCGCAAGGGUACGGAUCCAGCUCGGCAGAAAACCGUGGCACUGCUCCCUCGCAGCACUGUACGGAUUUCAAUCCCCAGCAUGGCCUCGACAUUGACCAGAUUAUGGGCAUCUGGUAUGGGAGCGAAGUGAUCACGCACGACAGUCGCGAGGAGGGCGAAUCGGUAUACAAAACCUGCGUUGUAAUCCACCUGGCAGACGUGACGAACGCGACAACCUCCGUAUACGAUCAAUCGACGGGAUACGGUGGCCGCACUAACCCGUCCGGUACGAACUAUGACCGUUUUGCGACGUCGUACGGCUACGGCGGUCGGAGCCCGAGCAGCUCGUACGAGCAGCAAAAUCAGCAGCGCCGUCAGCAGGGCAACCAUCAGUAUUUGCAGCAUGAACCGCGCACGAUGCGCAACCUACGCCUGAUUUGGGACGAGUCGGAGCACACGCUGGAGUACACGCUGCGUUACAACACAUCGAUGCCCGGGUUCUGGAUCUCGGCCUCUCCGCAGUCCGGCUCGAUGAUACAGCUGCAGUACGUUCAGUUUACCGGCACGGUGCAGGUGCUGAAGGCGGUCAACAAUCAGCUCGUGCUCAACUUCUGCCAGAGUCUGCCGGGGGGUCAGCUGUUUACGAUCGUGCUGUCGCGUGUGCCGAUGAGCUUGGGACCGGAGGAUAUUCAAAGCAUCCGCAAUCUGUUGCGGCGUCGCGGUCUGUCGACAACUUCGGUGCGCAAGGUCUGCCAGAGUGGUGCCUCACGCGGUGACUUUUCGAUGUUCGCCAUCGCGGCUCUGGCCGUCGUAACUGCCCUAGUCAAACGGUUGCACUGAAUGUUUUAAAUUGCCAUCUUAAUAGCAGCAGCAGUUUUUGUCAGUGCCAUCUUCCUUCAUCUACGAUCGAGAUGUUUGUGUUGUGCUCACGUGUCUUUAUUCCAUUCCAAAGUUCAUCUUUCAUUUAAGUCUCAUGUGUGUGGAAUUCAACGAUUGCCUUCGCAAGCCUUACAGAAAGAAAUAAAAUAUACCGUUUGCAUAACGAGUAACGAAAAG